AAAUGAUUGAAAAUAUCCCGUGAUAGUUCUAUAAAUGAUAGAUACUGCCGUCACACUAUUAUGAAAAGUAUCCAAGUUCGUGUGCCUUGUUUAGUUAUUAUAAAUGCACUAUGAAUCGGAAGGAAAAGAAAAAAAAUCGGUCUGCGCCGCGUGAUGAAAAAGAUGCUGAUUCUAUACAAUCAGAUGUAGGAGUACAUCGUGUAUAUAUCUAUAUGAUAUUCAAUUUUAAAAACCAAUGUAAUUCAUGGUAAUGAAAGGUAGCUCACUUGUGAUUUCAGUCUUCUAAGAGCUUGUCUAAAAUUUGGGAUCGUUCAAAAAGUCUAUAAAACUUAUAGAACAGAGCAAAGUAAUUCUCAUAUGACAGUGACUCAUGUGUCUUGACGUCAGGGCGCGCUUUGCUGUGCGCGCUGGUACGAUUUAAAGAACACAUGAUACACACCGCGCCGGUCUACUACAUGAAUGGGCUUUCCGCCGGUACUCGUUCUUCUGUCAGUGGCUGUCACAGCAGCUGUCGCCGCUGAUCCCCCGGUGUACUGUCAGGUCGACAACAAUGAGUACUACAUGAGACAGUGGGGACAGUGCAAGGCCUGUGAUAGGUGUCCCUAUGGAUUCGGUCUUAAUUCAAAGAUAUAUGUUGAUGUGGACCCAGUGUACGGCGCACUUAAGUGCAGGGGCUGCUUGAAAUGUACCGAAGGAAAAACCUUCAAGUCGACGAUAGGCUAUGAGGAGUGCCAGCGUUGUACUAACUGUACGGCGAUAGGUAAACAAGUGGACGUGGCUUGUACAACUGAAAAAGAUGCAGUUUGUAUGGACAUCCCACCAAAACAAAGCUCCCCGGCCUAUUUACAACAGAAUGGCCAGGAAUCGGCUGUCCAUGGUAUUUCCGCCUCCAGCGAAAAGCGAUCUGAGAAGGAAGCGACAGGAUUAAAUCCUAUAAUAACCUUGAUUGGUGUAGUGGUGCUAGUCGCGGUGUGUGUUCCCACUUCAAUAGUUUUGGUAAAGAAACGGAAUGAGUUAAACUGUUUGAGACGGAACAGGCCUGGGUCCAAGUCAUUGGAUGUCGACGAGGAACAGGGUGAUCUAAAUGAUCAGGAUGACGGCGAUUCCCCUGUCACGAUGGAAACUAGUUUUGAUCCAGAAACCGUUCCGUUAAGAAAUUUGGAACUCCAUAAUGACCUGUCCAGGCCCUACGACCGACAGGAGUCCACAGAAAACGAUGGUUUUCCACCACUACCAAGCACAUUCAGCUAUAAUUUGAGGAGUGAGACUGACCUUACAGGAUGUGACGUUGACGUAGAUGCCGGACGCUUGUCUCAUGCUGAGCAAGUGCCUGAUUCACGGUCCCAAGAAGUACCCAAUGACAGAGAGCUACAGGGCUUGUGCGAUUCCAUUGCUGACAACAAUAAGUACGCACGUUUGGGUCGCGAACUGGGGGUUAAAGACAACGAUAUAAAGCGAAUCAAAGAGGAACAGAAUUCAGACCUUCUGGAAACAUCAUUCCAGACGUUGAAGAGAUGGCGCGAAAUGAAGGGAAAGGGGGCCACAAAGGGAGUUCUAAGACAGGCCCUUCGAAAUGUCGGGCUUCCAGAUGAUAUUCUGAGAGACGAUCCUUGAAUGGACAAUUACUGAAGUACUGGUUUAUAAAAAUUUACCCAUCUCAGGUAAAGAUUGUUGAAUGGAAGAAGGUACAGAAAAUGAACUCAAAUCACCCUGCUUGCGCUGGACGUGUUGCGUGCGGGACGUUGUUGAAUGUGGAGGGUUUCUGUCACAGUAUGCGCUGAUCGAGACGUUUGCUGCUCGAUAAAAUGUUAACUAAACAAUUUUAAAAACAUGAAUUUAAUUCAUAAAAAUCAGAACAGAUUGCAUUGCAUUUAAAAUGUGUGAAAAUCGAAAAAUAAUGAAAUAAAUAUUUUAA